UGUGGAGAGCGCGCUCUCUUUCUCCGACGCCGAGCCUCCAUUUGUGAGCAAGCAGAACGAUGCAAGCUCUUGCUCCUGUUGCCGCCGCCCAGUAAAGAGAACCACUGAGAACCUACAGAGCUCCCGUUUACCUGACAAAGCCAGGACCGUACCGAAAUUUCGCAGACAACACCCAGAUUGGGAGAGACACAGAGAGAGAGAGAGAGAGAGAGAGAGAGAGAGAGAGAUACACAAGCUCUCAUUUCCGAUUCGUUCUCUCACAACGUUGCUCGCGGGAUUUAAUGCUCUAGCUGUAGUCACCGAGAGAGAGAGAGAGAGAGAGAGAGAGAGAGAGAGAGAGAGAGAGAGAGAGAGAGAGAGAGAGAGAGAGAGAGACUAGGAGAGGGACAGGGAAGAAGAGGUAGCCUUGCGAAGGGGGAAAACGGAUUGCUCGGUAUUUCCGCCGCACCUUUUCACUAUUUUGGAGCACACGAAGAGCCGAGGUUGGUCUAGUCAUGGGAUGUACACUGAGCGCCGAGGAGAGAGCAGCUUUGGACAGGAGCAAAGCGAUCGAGAAGAACCUGAAGGAGGACGGAAUCACCGCGGCCAAGGAUGUGAAACUGCUCCUGCUAGGGGCUGGUGAGUCCGGGAAAAGCACCAUCGUCAAACAGAUGAAGAUUAUCCAUGAAGAUGGCUUCUCUGGAGAUGACGUGAAGCAAUAUAAGCCUGUGGUGUACAGCAACACCAUCCAGUCCUUGGCUGCCAUUGUUCGUGCCAUGGACACCCUCGGCCUUGAGUAUGGGGACAAGGAGCGUAAAGCCGAUGCAAAGAUGGUGUGUGAUGUUGUGAGUCGCAUGGAGGACACCGAGCCCUACUCUCCCGAGCUCCUGACCGCCAUGAUGCGCCUGUGGGCCGAUUCAGGCAUUCAGGAGUGCUUCAGCCGUGCCCGUGAGUACCAGCUCAACGACUCAGCCCAAUAUUACCUAGAUAGUUUAGAUAGGAUUGGUGCUCCAGACUACCAGCCCACAGAGCAGGACAUUCUGAGAACCCGAGUGAAGACCACUGGAAUCGUCGAGACCCACUUCACCUUCAAGAACCUGCACUUCAGGCUGUUUGAUGUGGGAGGUCAAAGGUCAGAAAGGAAGAAGUGGAUCCAUUGCUUUGAGGAUGUGACUGCCAUCAUCUUCUGCGUGGCUUUAAGUGGUUAUGACCAGGUGCUGCAUGAAGACGAGACCACGAACCGCAUGCAUGAGUCCUUGAAGCUGUUUGACAGCAUCUGCAACAACAAAUGGUUCACAAACACCUCUAUCAUUCUUUUCCUUAACAAGAAGGACAUAUUUGAGGAGAAAAUAAAGAAAUCGCCCUUAACUAUCAGCUUCCCUGAGUACACAGGGCCGAACACGUUCUUGGAAGCAGUGUCUUACAUCCAGUCGCAGUAUGAAAGCAAGAACAAGUCCUUCAAUAAGGAGGUGUAUGCACACAUCACCUGUGCCACCGACACCAACAAUAUCCAGUUUGUCUUCGACGCUGUCACUGAUGUCAUCAUCGCCAACAAUCUGCGUUUCUGUGGUCUUUAUUGAGCUGCACGCCUGUUCUCAGAUCAGUUAUACACCUUCGUUUUAUUCUCUACUGUAUGUCUAGCUCUCCAGUGGUGGACAACAGAAUGAAAGUUAACCAAAGACCUUCCUCUACAGUCAUAAAUAAGGGGUUAAGCUCCAUUUAAAGAUAGACACACCUACUGAUUCAGUCAGUGUGUUAUGAAUUCUCACAUUUCAUUUUCUCACAUGAUGUUUAUUAAAUGUUUAAACAAGCUGGCACAAAGAAGAGAACUUAAAUCAAUUUAAAUACCCGGCUAUCUUUAUUCAGGAAAUGUUGUCUUUUCUGCCCCCAUAGUCAUUGAUAUUUCAUUUUAAAAUGAUCUCCAUAAGUAUACAAAUUAACAAAGUAAAACAUGGACAUAUCUUCAGUAAAAUAUUGCUGUCUUGAUAUAUUUUUUCUUUGGCUAUUUUUCAAACACAAAGCUCCUUGUAGCAUUGUUUGCCUUAAAUGGGCAUUAUUGCUGUACUGCAUAUAUAUUACUUUCUUUACAAUACCAUUGGUAACAUUUUUAUAUAUUGUCAAUACUUGAAAUUGGAUGUUUGACCCAACAAAUGAGGCCUUGAGCAUCUCUAUUGUAGAAAUCGUGCCGUCUCACAUUAGUAAGUAAAUAAAAAAACGUGUCAAAUGGUUAUGGUUACACUAUAUCAGUUUACACUAUAACUGUUUUGUUGGUUUAUUGUAUUAUUGCUUUCAAUUUCUAAACGCUAGUUUAGUAGAAGUAGAAGGUUUUAUUUCUACUUUGGGACUGAAAAAAACAUUCAUUUGCUCAUGAUGUACAUAGUUAAAAUUGUGUUUACACAUUGAUUUAUUCAGCAGAUCACAGACUUUAACAGAAACUGAAGAUUGAUCAGGAUUUAUCACACCACUUGUGUCAUUUUUUUAAUUGUCUGGUGUUAUUGUGCUUUAAGCUUAUGCAUCCAAAGCAGUCAAUGCAUUGGCCAUGUGUCAUUCUGUACAGUUUAAUCAUAGUGUCAGAAUGGCUCAGCUAAUACGCCUCAGGUUGUUUGUUGUUAAUUUUGGCCCUUGUCUGUAAUUUAGCGUACUGAAAGCCUCCAAUCAAUCUCUCCUUUUUAAUGCCCCCCUUCCAAAUCUGGGCCAUCGCUUGUUACAAAGGGUGCACUGAUUGUUUGUCCAAGAGAAAGAGAAUUUCACUGGGAAACAGAAAAUAUUUUUAAUAUGGACAAGCUGGCCAAAUAAAGCAGGAAGUGCAGGUGAUUAUUUGUAAUGGUGAGAAGGUGUCAUUAAGAAUAUGGGAUUGGGUAUAUCAGGAUUUAUUUCUGAUGAAAAGUGCUGUUGUAGCUAUAGAUAGCUAUAGCUGUAGCUAUAUUGUAGUAUUCCUUCUUUCAUUUCCCUAAUAGGGACUGCUUUGAGAAAGUGGAAUACCGGAUCAAAAGCCACUCAGCACAUGUAGGACUUCUGUACCUAUUAUCCUCGUGGAUGUGUGUCAAGCUAGGUAGCUGUUUCACUUAUGGAUGGCCUCGGAGCUAUAUUUACCAUAGAUGUUAGGUGUCCUAAAUUUCCCAUUACUCCUUGAUUAUACAGCACCACUGAGAGUAUCAUCACUGGGUCACCUUAUGGAACUCGACUGUAAGCCAUUUGUAAGCCUUUAGUAGUCAUUUGUUCCUCGUUCAAGAAACUCUAUAACCAAAAUGGCAGCACAUAUCAGGGUAGUUGCACUGCUGUGUUUCUAAGUAACCAAAUUUGGUGCAUAAAGUACUACAGUGGGGUGAAAUUGUGCUUUUUAACUUGCAAAGCUUUUAACUAGAGUUCAGAUAUUUUCCCCCGAUUAAGGGAGCAGUCUUUAGUGAGAUGUUUCAUGAUCGGGCGUUCUGCCGGCAAUGACGCAAGUAUCUCCUGCUGCUGAUCAAGUACACAUAAGUGUGUGUGUGUGUGUGUGUGUGUGUGUGUGUGUGUGUGUGUGUGUGUGUGUGUGUGUGUGUGUGUGUGUGUAAACAUCAGCAUGGUGACAGAUGAGCACUGCAUUCUGAAUCAGUGAUCUCUCAGCAUCUCAGCUGGAAGGUGAUUAUGUAUCUUUUAGCAAACACAAAACAAACUCUCCACCAUCCCAAAUACAUCCAAAGUGAGAGCCUUUUCAUGUUGUCACAGACCCUCUCCCAGAUCGCUGUUUCUCUUGUUUAUUUUCUCUCUGUCGCAUGUGUAAAGAUGCUUAAUGAGCAUGGCCUUAAAGCCAGCCUUUCUAGCUUUGUCCUGCUGGUUAGGUGAAUGAUGCAUGGCCAAUGAUGCAUGGCCAUUGCAUGGCCAAGGUGAAAAGGAAAUGAUGGCGUGUUGGUCCAGAGACUUAUGGGACAUGAAGUUUUUGGCCACGUAAAGAGAUUUGUGGGUAAUUCAAUCAGUGCACAUUGAGUGACUAAUAGCUGAUUGUUCCUGUGGUUUUAUAUGGGCUACAACAGCUGUUGCUGUGGCCAGACUGCUGUCAGCAUGGGCUCUGAUGCAUGAUUGGGUAGAAAUAAUCCAUUUGACAUCAUAUUACCUGAUGGAUUGUGUCUUAUUGCCAGUGGAAAAAUACAGUUCUAGAAUGUUGAAAGAGGAUUGUGUUUUUAUGUUGUUUCAUAUUCGUUAUGUAAAAGAUAUUUAAACACCUUGGAAACAUCAUUUGUAUUGAUUCAUUCAGCGCUAGCAUCAUUAACACUACCAUUAUUUGACAUUUAGCCAACAUGUGAUUUGUUAUAAAACAGGACAGUUGGAUGGUGCUUUUAAAUAAUACCAUCCAUGAUUGGAAGAAUCAGGAAUGGAGAAGUCAUUUUAUUAUAGUUAUUAGUGCCAAGUGCUGGUUUAUGGUGCCAUCUGUUCACACAUUCUUUGCAAACCACCUAGAUGUAGUGUAUUCUCCUGAUAUCUGAUCACAGCCUCACUGUGUCUCUGUAAAUUUAAUGUCUGUCUCAAUCUGCUGUAGUUGUGUCCAUCACUGCUCUUGAUUAUUUAUUCAACAAUGGAUGUGUAUUUGUGUGUAUGUAUUUAUAUGAAACAAAUAAAGUGCCACUUGAAAUGUA